GUUUCCUGUGUCUGGUGGAUGUGGUGCCGGUGAAGAAUGAGGGUGGCCUGGUGAUCAUGUUCAUCCUCAACUUUGAGGUCAUGACAGACAACAAACAGCCCAACCAGGACCUCAACCACAAGCGGCCCCCUUGGCUCCCCACAGGCCGGCCGCGUGGCUUCAAGCUCCGCCUGCCCUCACGCCGCUCGCUCAGCAAUAGCAAGGCCUCUCUGGACGACCCAGAGACUGGGCGCCUCCCGGCCCCCAGCCACCCCAGCCACAAGUCCCUGGCUUUGGGAGAGCUGCUCUCCCUGCCCCCCUUACCUCCGGAGCACCAGAGCUCCAGCAGUGGAGGUAGCAGCACCAGGCCGGCCCUGCUGUGGCCCGAGGACCAGUGCACCCUGCUUGGCUCUGAGCCUGCACCUUCCUCGCUGCCCCUCGGCCAGUCGUCGCCCCGCAUCGCGCUCCGGAUGCUUAACCCAGAUGCCUCGGUGUCCAACUGCAACCUGUCACACAUCCGCUCCCGCGAGAGCUUCCACAGCAUGCGGCGGGCGUCGUCGGUGGAUGACAUCGAGGCCAUGCGGCCUGCGUUGGGUCGGAAGUACAGCACGGUCGGGCCCAUCCACAACAGCACAGGGGCGGUGAACAACAAGUCCAACAUCCUCAACUCCACGUCGGAUUCGGACCUCAUGCGUUACCGCACCAUCAGUAAGAUCCCUCAGAUCACCCUGAACUUUGUGGACUUCAAGGCGGACCCCCUCCUCGCGCUGCCUGGGGGUGACAUGGACAUACUAGCCCCCUGCAAGCUCAUCGACCGCACACACCACGUCACCGAGAAAGUCACUCAGGUGCUGUCACUGGGUGCCGAUGUCCUCCCAGAGUACAAGCUCCAGGCGCCUCGCAUCCACAAGUGGACCAUUCUCCACUACAGCCCCUUCAAGGCGGUGUGGGACUGGCUCAUCCUGCUGCUGGUCAUCUACACGGCCAUCUUGACCCCCUACUCCGCCGCCUUCCUCCUCCACGACCAGGAGGAGGCCGCCAUGGUGAACUGUGGCUACUCGUGCUCGCCGCUCAAUGUGGUCGACCUCAUCGUGGACAUCAUGUUCAUCGUGGAUAUCGUCAUCAACUUCAGGACCACGUACGUCAACGUUAACGACGAGGUGGUCAGCGCCCCACUGAGGAUAGCGGUCCACUACUUCAAGGGCUGGUUCCUCAUUGAUAUGGUGGCGGCCAUCCCCUUUGACCUGCUCAUCUACCGCAGCGGAGAGGAGACGACCACUCUGAUUGGCCUGCUGAAGACGGCCCGCCUCCUCCGGCUAGUGCGCGUGGCGAGGAAGCUGGACCGCUACUCCGAGUAUGGCGCCGCUGUCCUCUUCCUGCUCAUGUGCACGUUCGCCCUCAUCGCCCACUGGCUGGCGUGCAUCUGGUACGCCAUCGGCAGCGUGGAGCACAUCGGCAGCAUCGGCUGGCUCCACACGCUGGGCGAGUCUUUGGGGAAACAAUACAACGACACGGUGCCGGGCUCGGGCCCCUCCAUAAAGGACAAGUACGUCACAGCCCUCUAUUUCACCUUCUCCAGUCUGACCAGUGUGGGCUUUGGCAACGUCUCCCCCAACACCAACUCUGAGAAGAUCUUCUCCAUCUGCGUCAUGCUUAUAGGAUCUCUGAUGUAUGCCAGUAUCUUUGGUAAUGUGUCGGCCAUCAUCCAGAGGUUGUACUCGGGUACGGCCAGGUACCACACCCAGAUGCUACGGGUCCGAGAGUUCAUCCGUUUCCACCAGAUCCCCAACCCACUGAGGCAGCGGCUGGAGGAGUACUUCCAACACGCCUGGUCCUACACUAACGGCAUCGACAUGAACGCUGUGUUGAAGGGGUUCCCAGAGUGUCUUCAGGCUGAUAUUUGCCUCCACCUCAACCGUACCCUCCUGGAGAACUGCAAGGCCUUCAAGGGCUCCACGAAGGGCUGUCUGCGAGCCCUGGCCAUGAAGUUCAAGACCACCCACGCCCCGCCUGGCGACACCCUGGUGCACGCCGGCGACGUGCUCACCGCCAUCUACUUCAUCUCCCGUGGCUCCAUUGAGAUCCUCAGAGGCGACGUGGUGGUGGCCAUCUUGGGGAAGAAUGACAUCUUUGGCGAGCCUAUCAACCUGUACGGGCGGGCUGGGAAGUCCAAUGCCGACGUGAGAGCUCUGACCUACUGUGACCUCCAUAAGAUCCACAGAGAAGACGUCCUGGAGGUGUUAAACAUGUACCCUGAGUUCUCCGACCACUUCUGGAUGAACCUGGAGAUCACCUUUGACCUCCGGGAUACCAAUAUGAUUCCUGGCUCUCCAGAAAGUGACAACUCAGACUGUGUAGGAUUCAACAAACUGCGCAGAAGCAAAUUAUCAUUUCGCCGCCGGACAGAGAAGGACGACGCAGAUGCAGGAGAGAUAAAAAAGGAGAGAUCCAUCAAGACAGUUCGGCAGAGACGGAAGGAGGCGGCCAGUAAGCAUGGGGAGGGGCUUAAGCCUGACUGGGAGGGGCCUCGGCGUUCAGUGUCCUCCCACUCCAGCGGUGACGAGCGGGAGGAGUCUGUGGUCACAUGCCCCACCCCUCUGUCAGCUCUGCAUGAGAUGUCCCCGGGUCAGGCCACCACUCUGAACUUCAGGGACACUCCCGAGGGGGAGGGGGACCCCAAGGGGGGAAACACAUGCAAUGCACUCUCAGGAGCAUUUUCGGGGGUCUCAAACAUCUUCAGUUUCUGGGGGGAGAGUCGGGGCAGUCGUGAGUACCAGGAGCUGCCUUCCCCUCCCCCCCUCAGCAUCAGCCGCAGGCAGCGCACCGAGCUGGGAAACAGACUGGACCUGUUGCAGCAACAACUCAACAGGCUGGAAACGAGGAUGUCGACAGACAUCGGUGCGAUCAUGCAGCUACUACAACGUCAGAUGGCCCUGGUGCCCCCAGCCUACAGCACCGUGUUGUCUCCCCCUCAGGCCUCACCCUACCCUGGCCCCGGACCUGGCCCCGGUCCUGGAGAAAGGCUGGUGCAGUCAGAGACACUGGCCUCACUCUCACAGGACUUUGAGGAGUUCCCCAGCAAGUCAUGUGACUCUCUCCGCAGCCCUGCUGAGCUGCACCCCCAGGACUCGCCUCUGGUCAGCCCCACCGAGGCACGACGAGCCCACUCUGGACUGGGCAGCCUGGCGCUAGACCUAGGGGUUGGGGAUUGGUUGGGGUCAGGGAUGGGGUCAGGUUCAGGAAUGGGGUCAGUGGCAGAGAUGGGGUCAAUGGCAGGGGCGAGUGGGCUGGACCCUGACGCCCAGCGGAGGCUCUCUCUGCCUGAGCCACAGAUGCACCUGGACUCACAGACACCGCAGAGGCACAUCUCUGACCCAAGGGGGAGCUAAUGAGCAGGGGAGGGUGGGGGACAGGGAGGGAGAGGGAGAGGAGGGGUAUCUCUGUUUUCCCUUCUGAGUGAGCCUCACCUCUGACCUCUAACCUCUGACCUGGGGAGGAACCUUGUUCGGAGAGGGGGAUGUCUCUCCCUUUCAGGGUUCCCCUACCCGGUUCCUAAAGUUACCACAACGUUACCAAACCCACAGGCAGAAAGAGAGGGGAGCAUGAUCCUCCUGAACUUAGUCCGGUCCAUUCUGACCCAGAGAAAUGACUACAGAAUACACAGCUGACUGGUUCUGUUUAGAAACAUCCCUUUACUGCUCUAUCCAUGAGUGCUGAGCGAGGUCGGUUUGGUUUCAGUUCAAUUAUUACAAAAUAAUGUUUUCUGUUUCAAUUUUUUUUUUUUUUACAUUAAAUGCACUAUGCAUUAUGUAGGUUGAA